AUGCUCAACGUUCGCAUCGCCUCUUUGCCCGCAGAUCGGCAAACGGCCGCGCGAGAUUGCCGCCGUUGCAUCAAGCGCCGGAUCAAGUGUGACCGGACGCUGCCGCGAUGUCGCAAAUGUUCCAUUCGCGACUUUCAGUGCCCGGGCUAUGAUGCUGUGCAGCUCAAAUGGGGCUCUGCGGACAAGAGAGUCCGGAAAUCUUCAGUGGCGGUGUCGCCGUCUACUGGAGGGUUGAGCAGUGCCGUGGGCAACUCAAAUUCCACUCAGAGCGAUGUGCUCCAGCUGCCUCUUGCCAUACUGUCGUCACCGAAGGGACGAGAGACGGCAUCGCCUGAAGCAGAGCUGACCCAAGUACAUGCACCACCUGCAACGGGGACUCUCCCUUCUCCCGCCAACGACAGAUCCCUAGUCGACCGCUUUACAUCGCAAAGCUUGUCACGGAAUCUGUUUUCUCACUUCAACGGCAAAGUAUCUCCCCGCUUAACCUGGGUUGAUCGGCCAGACCAUCCAUGGCGGAAAGUCAUUGCUCCACUCGCACGACGGUCUAAACCUCUGGGUCUUUCGAUUCUCAGCGUUGCGGCUGCUCAUCUCUCAUUCACGUCCACCGACAGUGUGCCUGUGCCAGACACGAACCGCAUUGCGAUCAGCAAUCGACUGCGUGAUUCCAGUCUUCACAUGCUGAAUCAAAAGAUCAACCUUGAGCUAGUCGGGGAGCAUUCCCUGAUUGAUCCAGUCGUCCUUGACUCAACUCUGAUCGAGAUUCUCGCGACGACUCUCGUUCUUUGCUACGGUGAGAUGCUCAUUCCGCAUUCAACCGGCUGGAAUAUCCAUCUUCGCGCCUGCCGUGUGCUCAUAGAGCGAUAUCUCUGGCGCAACAGCCAACACUCGCCGCGACGAAAUCCGGUCGUCGACUUUAUCAUCCGGGAAGUGGCCGAUAUCGAAGUGUAUCGCAGCAUCGGCGCUUUCUCCGCCGACCAGUCAGCUCUCACUGAGGCCAUCCGUCCACCAUCAAUCAUGUUGGAUGACUCUUUUCACACUUUUACAGAUCUCUUUCGCGAAAUCACCGCAGAGGAACGUCGCCGACAUGCUGCUGUUCUCGUUCACGACCCAGGGCAACCAGCCUCGUCCCUGCCUAGUCCUACUUUGUCUAGUAAUCUCACCACUGCCGUACCCUUACCCGCCGACAUGAACCGCUGGCGAGCCAAGGUUGAACUAGCUUAUGCGCGAGCCUCGACCGACACGGCCCGACUAGUCACCACGCAGGGAGCCAUCACGCAAAAGUGGAUGGCCGCGAUCGUCCGGGCCGUCUACCACGCUAGUCUCAUCUACGCCUAUCAAUCUCUGGGCUCGACUGCCGAAGCGGCGGCGGAGAUCGGCACUUCUUUGCCCGCGCUCUGGGCGGAAAUUGAAUUUCUCACGGCUGGUCCGGUGCACAGCCUCUCACACGACGUGUUUGUCCCGCUUUUCAUUGCCGGGACUGAAUGCUGGGGGGACCCGUGGCGGCAGGGGCUUGUUGAAAGUCGCUUCCAGGAACUGAUGACCGCGAUGGGAAUCUGGUGCAAUUUUACCGCGUUGAAGUUUUUAAGGGGGUUCUGGGCUCGGACAGAGUAUCAUCGUGCUGGAGGAUGGAUAUCGUAUGCUCGCGAGAAUGAGGGAGAGGAUCGAUCCUUUUUCGUUUUUUAA